AUGAUUGCCAACGAUAAUAAGCACUGGGACGAAGACAGUGAGCGACGUGCUUACAAUGAUCGGAUCAGUCGUAUGCGGAAGAUCGAGUACCCAAUGCUUGAAGAUCUGACGUACCUCGAUCAUGGCGGCACGACGCUCGCACCCAAGUCUUUACUCAAGUCCUUCUGCGACGAGAUGCAAAGCACUCUCCUCGCCAAUCCUCACUCUGAUUCAUCCAACCCGAGUGUGACUGCCGUCAUGGUAGAGCAAACCCGGCUUGCUGUCUUAAAGAUGUUCAGCGCAGACCCCGUUCACUUUGAUGUUGUCUUCACCGCUAAUGCCACCGGUGCCAUCAAGAACAUGAACGGCGAGCGACUUCCGCUGGAUUGGACAGGCAAGCUACGCUUGUCGUUACACCAUCCGAACUCAUACUCUCUGCUUGACGUAGCAGCCUUGGUAUCCACGACCCCAAUCGACUUGAGCAACCAUCUCUUCGCCCCCGACUUCAUCUCGUUAUCCUUCUACAAGAUCUUUGGGUUCCCUGAUCUCGGUGCUCUGAUUGUCCGGAAGGCGGCUGGCCAUGUGUUCGAUCACCGGAAGUACUUCGGCGGCGGCACGACAGAGAUGACAACCUGCCUUGGAGAAUCAUGGGUAGCCCGCAAGGACUCUAGCCUCCACGCACGGUUAGAGGACGGGACGAUCGCUUUCCGGAAUAUUCUUGCUCUGAAGUGUGCUAUAACGACUCAUCGCGCGUUGUUCGGCGGGCUUGAACAAGUCUCGAUACACGCUAGGUGGCUUGCUAGCAUCCUUCACGAUCGUUUGACGAGCAUGAUGCACUACAAUGGUGCACCAGUAUGCCAAGUAUAUAAGUCGAUAGACUCUGACUAUCAAAAUGCGCAAAGACAAGGGCCGACAAUAGCUUUCAACAUACAGAGAAGCAAUGGCGCAUACAUCGGCCCGUGGCACGUUGGAGCGUUCCUCAGGGCGAGUAGGAUCCACGUUCGCACGGGCAACGUGUGCAAUCCUGCAGGUAUGGCAUGUGCGCUGGGUGUAGAGGCUGGAUGGAUACGGGGUGCGUUCGACGCAGGUCUUCGAUGCAAUACGGAGGCCGAUGUUGUGGACGGAGUGCCUUUUGGGAUAGUCAGGGUGACCCUGGGGGCCAUGAGUACCUUGGAAGAUGUUGAAACGCUCGUGAGCUGUCUUUCGCGGAACGUCGUAGAACAACAGGGGCUCCUCCAAGAGACUGCGCAGGUUGGUGAUAAGAGCAAGGAGUGGGUAGAAGAGUCUAGAAGUCCCUCCGCUGUCUCGGAGAUGACUACGACCCGGAUAGACCCCUCCUCCCUAGGUCAUGGGGAGCAUACGACCACAUUGAAGAACCCGAGGAGCUUGAUUUCGUGGCUGAGGAGGAGGAAAAGGUUGUAUCCGCGCUUUCAUGGGAGAAGGCACAUUGGUUGA